AUGGAAGCCCCGACCAGGACUAGUGAAUCUAGGACAUUAGCCGAAACCAAUGGAGAGGAGACGACCCGCAUUCGACUUGCCAUCAAGACGCCUUCGGGACCCUUGUCAUUAAACGAGACCGCGGUACGAGCUUUCUUUCAACGGUACAGCCAUCAUCUGCAAGCAGCUUUGGACGAUGUGAUAGACGGAGCCACGAUAGCGAAAGGGUUUUGGGCCGACCAAUUUGUCAAUUCUUCGCCCGAUACUCUCGUGACUGGCAGCGACCCACAGCACCUAGCCUCUUCCAUCGACGAGGUGCUGAGCGGCUACAAGCAGCAGGGUAUGCGGCGGAUCCAUGUGCGAGACAUCGACGUGAACCAACUUGAUGAUUGCCAUGCUGUCGCAAGCGUGGGAUGGUCGUUGUUCAGGGACACAAAUGACUCGGGCCACGCAGGUGUCGACUUCGAUGCCAGCUACUUCGUCAAGCAGGCGAAGGGGACCGACAUGAGGAUUUUUGGUUGGGUGGAGGGCCGGCCGAAGACUAUAUGA